CCACCCACCUCUCUAGGCUCGCCCUAUAAAAGUUAAGGCCCACCGAUCUCAGGCAUCAGUUCGACACUCGACGCCCUCCGACAACAUGAAGUUCGUGAUCAUCGCUGCCCUGGCCACCGUGGCCCUUGCUGCCCCCCAAUACAGCUACGAUGCCCCUGCUGGCCGCUCCAGCGCCGAUUCCUCCGAGGAAGUAGCUAUCUUGAGGGACGAGAGAGUCCACGAAGACGACGGCAAAUACAACUUCGACUUCGAAUCCGAAAAUGGCAUCAGGUUCUCCGAGGCUGGAUCUCCCGACGGAGAUGAGGACGCCAUCGUCAGUGCUGGACAAUACUCCUACACUGCUCCCGACGGUACCGAAGUCGUUGUGAAAUACGUCGCCAACGAGAACGGCUUCCAGCCCCAGUCCGACCUUCUGCCAGUAGCCCCCGAAUUCCCCCACCCAAUUCCCCAGUUCGUGCUGGACCAGAUCGCCUUCGCUGCUGAGGAAGACGCCCGCCGUGCCCGUGACGACUCUCGCGAGGCUCCUUCCAGGUCCUACGGCGCCCCCCAGUAAUCUCCUUUGACCGUCGACAUAUGUCACCGAAUCUCUGAUCACGAACUCAUAUAUUUAUUCUAUUUAUAUACCAAAUAGAAUUUUUAUACAAUAUAA